AUGGAGAGACUGAAAGCAAUGGGCUCAGCUCCAAUAGAAGAAGGUGGUGGUAAGUCGACUCCAUCGGCGGGUCAGGCAUUUCUUGGAGCGGUUUCAGCUGGAGUCAGGGCUCAAUCGUUAGGCAAAUCACAGUACCGCAAGGACUAUCAUCAACGGAUAUGCUACCUUGCAACAUUUGUUUUCAGUAUCAAUGCGGUAGGACUUCUCCUUUACUCUGGUCAGCUAGCCUUCAGUGAAGAAUCUGUUAAAGCCAUGCAGGCCACAACAGAGCCUGGAGGAGACUCAUCAGGUGACAACAGUGAAGUAAAUAAAAGCAGUGAGGAUCAAAGUUCGGGUGAUUAG